GCCAAUUUCAAAUCGCCUAUUUAAAUACCGAUUGAUGAUUUUUCAUUUUUAGAUGAAAUAUUUAAACUGUAUUUAAAUGCCGCAUGUCGGCUAUUUAAAUAUGGAAAAUGCAACCCUGCUUUUCGACUAAACAGCAGCUGAUUACUCAAAAUAAAAUAUAAAUAAGUAAAUAAAAGGCAAAAGUUAUUCAAAUUAAAUACUAUUAAAAUGAGUACGAGUGACGAAAGUGACAUGGAAUGCGAGGUUCUAGAGCGCAUCAUUAUAACGCGACGUCCACGGUAUAUAAGGGAUGCGCCAACCCGUUUCAGAGACUUCGACGAGAAGGAUUUCCGGGACAGAUUUCGUGUAAGCAAAGCGUCAGCAUGGAUGGUGUUAAGGAUGAUACGGGAAAAAAUCCAACAUAAAAUUACAUGGAACAGUGCUCUAACUCCCGAAGAAAUGCUUCUGGUCACUUUGCGAUUCUAUGCCACGGGUUGCAUGCAAAGGACUGGAGGGGACUUAAUCGGAGUUUCUAAUAGCACUACUUCCCGAGUCAUAAGGUUGGUUUCGCACCACAUAGCUGUAUUACGAGCGCAGUUUAUUUCAUUUCCCACAACUGCAGAAGAGCAAAGACGGCUGCACGAAAAGUUUUAUUUAGUAGGGAAAUUUCCUCGCGUGGUAGCGGCUUUAGACUGCACGCAUAUAAAAAUAAUAUCACCAGGUCAGUGUCAGAAAUUGAAAACUAAUAACCAAAUUCAACAAAAAUUAAAUAGUUUUGAAUUGCUUUGUAAAUAGCAAAGUUCUGUUCUUAGGGAAAUAUUUAGCUAUUUGUACAACGAUUUUGGUGUGAAGGCGGAGGGGGUGGAGCGUGCCCCCACCCCCCAAACCUCCCAUAAAAGAAAGAGGAUGGACCGCACUAUAUGAAAAGUAACCCACUCCCUCUCACAUUCCCACAUACCCCUUUGGGAGCUGUUUGAAGAUAGGGAAAAUUUGGAUUUUUUGCAAAGGAAAACCUUCGGGCGCGCUUAGGAAUUAUAAAGUAGAAUUCUUCUUUCUGUGUUGCCAAAGAAUAGGGGCUGAACACCGUUUUUUUAAUAAACUGUAGACUCUUGUCUAGAAGCGUGAGUAAAAGUUUCUUGAUUUGGGUCACGAGUUUGGGUACAGAAACCCGAAAUCGUUGUACACAUAACUAAACUGUACCCUGUACUUAUACGU